UGCGGCGGCCGGGCGGUGGGCUUGCGGGGCUGCUGCUGGCGGCCGCGGGCUAUGGAGGAUCCUGUUCAAGAUGGGGUGGCUUCUCCAGCACCCCCUGGGGCCGGGAAAUCUAAGCUGGAAACACUGCCCAAGGAAGAUCUCAUCAAGUUUGCCAAGAAACAGAUGAUGCUAAUACAGAAAACAAAAUCAAGAUGUUCAGAAUUGGAGAAAGAAAUUGAAGAAUUCAAAUCAAAACCUGUUGCUGGAGGAAAUGAUGAUAUUAUUAAGGCACUGACUGAACGUAUAGAUGCUAUUCUUCUGGAAAAAGCAGAGACUGAGCAACAGUGUCUUUCUCUGAAAAAGGAAAACAUUAAGAUAAAGCAAGAAGUUGAGGAUUCUGUAACUAAGAUAGAAGAUUUGCACAAGGAGUUGGAACAAUCACAGAGAAAUUAUGUGAAAGAAAUAGAAGAUUUGAAAAACGAAAUAGUGGCAGUACAUUUCAGACAUAGUGAAGAUAAAGCUAGUUUGCAAAAGGAAUUAGAAGAAGCAACAAAAAGGGAAUUAGAGCUUUCCAAACAACUUAAAUUUCUUGGUGACUCUGAAGAUAAUGUUGAAAAACUACAAAAAGAGAUUCAGGAAAUUAGGCCAGCCUUUAAGGAGCAAAUAUUAUGUAUGCAAAAGCAUUUUGAUGCCACCAUAAAUGAAAAGGAGCAAGAAAUUACUUAUCUUCAAGAAGUCAUUAAGGAAAAUUCACAGCAUUACCAAAAAGAUAUUAACAAUUUACAAGAAGAACUUUUACAAUUGAAAGCUACACACCAAGAAGAAGUAAAAGAAUUGAUGUGCCAAAUUGAAGCAACUAAAGAACAUGAAGUAGAAGUAAAUAAUGUAGACAAACUGAAGGAGAACUUAGUUAAACCAUGUGAGACAAGUGAGAAAACAUGUGAAAAUGAAUUAGAAAACUUAGGACAAGCCUCAGAUAUAAACCAAGAAAAUCAGCAGCAUUCUUUGCUCUUACAAGAAGAUACUUUUGUAGAAGAAGUAGUAAAUGAAAAAGUCAGACACUUAGAAGAUACCUUAAAAGAGUUGGAAUCUCAACAUAGUAUUUUAAAAGAUGAGCUAACUUACAUGAAUAAUCUUAAGUUAAAACUUGAAAUUGAUGCCCACAAUAUAAAGGACGAGUAUUUUCAUGAAAGGGAAGACUUGGAAUUUAAAAUUAAUGAAUUAUUACUAGUUAAAGAAGAACAGAGCUGUGCAAUCGAAAAAUUAAAAUCUGAGCUAGAGGAAUCAAAUAAACAAUUAUGCUAUACAGUAGAACAACAUAACAAAGAAGUACAAAGUCUUAAGGAAGCACAUCAAAAAGAAAUAUCAGAACUAAAUGAGGCAUUUAUGUCAGGUUCAGAGAAAGAAAAAUUAGCAUUAAUGUUUGAAAUACAAGGUCUUAAGGAGCAAUGUGAAAGACUACAGCAAGAAAAACAAGAGGCUAUUUUAAAUUAUGAGAGUUUACGAGAGGUCAUGGAAAUAUUACAAGCAGAACUGGGGGAAUCUGCUGGAAAAAUAAGUCAAGAGUUUGAAUCAAUGAAACAACAGCAAGCAUCUGAUGUUAAUGAACUUCAACAAAAGCUCAGAACUGCUUUUAAUGAAAAAGAUGCUCUUGUUGAAACUGUCAAUCGUCUCCAGAGAGAAAAUGAGAAGUUAUUAUCGCAACAAGAAUUUGUACCAGAACUUGAAAAUACCAUAAAAGACCUUCAGGAAAAGAAUGAAGUGUGUUUAGUUAGCCUCAGCCAGAGAGAUACCAUAUUACAAGAACUUGAAGCCAAGAUAAGUUCACUUACUGAAGAAAAGGAUGGUUUCAUAAGUAAAAUUAAAAGCUCUCAUGAAGAAAUGGAUAAUCUCCAUAAAAUACAUGAAAAGGAAGAAAUAUUGAUUGUAGAACUUAAGGAGAAAAUGGAACAAACCACCAAAUAUAACUGUGAACUAGAACAAAAGGUAGAUGAAUUAAAGGGGAGACUAGAAGAAACUUUAAAAGAAAAAGAUCAAAAUAACCAAAAGUUAGAAAAGCUAAUGGACCAAUUGAAAACUCUCUAUGAAGACCAGGAAUCAUUGUCCUCUGAAAUGAAAUCUCUUUAUGAGGAAAAUAAUAGACUAAAUUCAGAAAAGAACCAAAUGAGUAGGGAUUUAGAAGUUCUAUCACAAAAAGAAGAUGGUGGGCUUAAGGAACAAAUUUCUGAAUUAGAAAAGAAACUUGAGUUAACCACUGAAGAGCGAAAUAAUUUAAGUAAAUUACUUGAAAAUGAACAAGUUCAGAAAUUAUUUGUCAAAACUCAUUUGUAUGGCUUUCUUAAACAAAUGGAGUCAAAGGUUUCAGAAGAAAAUGAAGAACAAAAUGUUGCAGAUAUCAUACAAGCUGUAGGUGAAUCUCUAGCUAAAAUGCAAGAAGAAAAACUCAAUCUGACUGUACAAUAUGAGGAAAGGAUACAAGAGUUAGAAAAUGAUGUAAGGUGCCUACAAGAAGAGAAUGUAGUUCAUUGUGAGGACCUUAGGUCUUUACUAAGAGACUGUGAGCAAGAAAAAAUUCAGUUAAGGAAAGAAUUAGAAGAAACCCUGUCAGAAAAAGCAGCUCUGCAGUCUGAUCUUCUAGAAAUGAAAAAUACUAAUGAAAAAACAAGACUUGAAAAUAAGAAUCUUUUAAUUCAACUUGAAGAAAUAACACAGCAAUCAUGUAGCAAGAAUGAAAUAAAUAAUGAAAAUGAAAAAUCUUUUAGAAAAGAAUAUGAGAACUUAAAGCAAUUACUAGAACAAAAGGAAUCUGAACUACAAGAUAUGAGAGCAGAGUUAAUAUCAUUAAAGGAGUCCAUAGAGAAGUCAACUGUAGAAAAUGAUCAGCCUUCUUCAGUAAAAGAGCUGGAAGAAAAAAUAGGAUAUCUGGAAAAGGAAUCUAAGGAGAAAGAAGAGAAGAUAAAUAAGAUAAAGCUGGUUGCAGUAAAGGCAAAGAAAGAACUAGAUUCUAGCAGAAAAGAGUCCCAGACUCUACGGGAAGAACUUGAAUCUGUACGAUCAGAAAAAGAUCAGUUGGUUAUUUCCAUGAGAGAUCUCAUUCAAGGAGCAGAAACCUAUAAGAAUCUCUUAUUAGAAUAUGAUAAGCAAUCAGAACAGUUGGAUGUGGAAAAAGAACGUGCUAAUAAUUUUGAGCAUUAUAUAGAAGACCUUACAAUACAAUUAAAGAAUUCAACUACUCAGUAUGAAAAACUAAAAUCUGAUAAUGAAGAUCUCCUUGCUCGUAUUGAGACACUACAGUCUAAUGCCAAGUUACUAGAAGUACAGAUUUUAGAAGUCCAGAGAGCCAAAGCAAUGGCAGACAAAGAAUUGGAAUCUGAAAAACUUCAAAAAGAGCAGAAGAUAAAGGAGCAUGCUCUUUCAGUAAGUGAAUUUGAAGAACUUCAGCAACAACUUCAAAAGGAAAAGAAACAGCUUCAGAAAACCAUGCAAGAAUUAGAGCUUGUAAGGAAGGAUGCCCAACAAACCACCUUGAUGAAUAUGGAAAUAGCUGAUUAUGAACGUUUGGUGAAAGAACUAAAUCAAAAAUUAACUAAUAAAAACAGUAAAAUAGAAGAUUUGGAACAAGAAAUAAAAAUUCAAAAACAGAAACAGGAAACCCUACAAGAAGAAAUGACUUCACUACAGUCUUCAGUGCAACAAUAUGAAGAAAAAAACACCAAAAUCAAACAGUUACUUGUGAAAACCAAAAAAGAUCUGGCAGAUGCAAAGCAAGCAGAAACUGAUCACUUGAUACUUCAAGCAUCUUUAAAGGGAGAACUAGAGGCAAGCCAGCAGCAAAUAGAAGUCUAUAAGAUUCAGCUGGCUGAAAUAACAUCUGAAAAACACAAAGUUCAUGAGCACCUCAAGACCUCUGUGGACCAGCACCAGCGCACACUGGGCAUGUACCAGCAGAAAGUGGCAGCUCUUCAGGAAGAGUGCCGUGUGGCCAAGGCAGAGCAAGCUGCUGUAACCUCUGAAUUUGAGAGCUACAAAGUUCGAGUUCAUAAUGUUCUAAAACAACAGAAAAAUAAAUCUGUGUCUCAGGCUGAAACUGAGGGAGCUAAACAAGAAAGAGAACACCUGGAAAUGCUGAUUGACCAACUAAAAAUCAAAUUGCAAGAUACCCAAAGUAAUUUACAGAUUAAUGUAGCUGAACUACAAACCUUACAAUCAGAGCACGAUACUCUACUGGAAAGGCAUAACAAGAUUCUGCAGGAAACUGUAUCCAAAGAGGCAGAACUCCGGGAAAAAUUAUGUUCAGUACAAUCAGAGAACAUGAUGAUGAAGUCUGAACAUGCCCACAGUGUGAAUGAGCUGCAGUCCCAGAACGAGACCCUUCGCAACAGCUUUCGAGAUCAAGUACGACAUUUGCAGGAAGAGCACAGAAAGACAACAGAAACUUUACAGCAGCAGCUCUCCAAAAUGGAAGCUCAACUUUUCCAGCUUAAGAGUGAACCAACCAUAAGAAGCCCAGCUUCUUCCCACCUACCUUCAAAGAACCUUCGAGAAAGAAGAAACACAGAUCUUCCCCUUCUAGACAUGCACACCAUAACGCGCGAAGAAGGAGAAGGAAUGGAGACAACUGACACCGAGUCUGUAUCUUCCACUGGUACUCACACACAGUCUUUAGAACAGCUCCUUAAUUCUUCUGAAAUCAAACUUGAGACUCCUUUAUGGCAUGCUGAAUUUACCAAAGAAGAAUUGGUUCAGAAGCUCAGUUCCACCACAAAAAGUGCCGAUCACUUGAACAGCCUGCUCCGAGAAACAGAAGCAACCAAUGCAAUCCUUAUGGAGCAAAUUAAGCUUCUUAAGAGUGAAAUAAGAAGACUGGAAAGAAAUCAAGAACGAGAGAAGUCUGUAGCUAAUCUGGAAUACUUGAAAAAUGUCUUGCUGCAGUUCAUAUUCCUAAAACCAGGUAGUGAAAGGGAGACGCUCCUUCCUGUUAUAGAUACAAUGUUGCAGCUAAACCCUGAAGAAAAGGGAAAACUUGCUGCAGUUGCUCAAGGUGAAGAAGAAAAUGCUUCUCGUUCCUCCGGAUGGGCGUCCUAUCUCCAUAGUUGGUCCGGACUUCGAUAAUUGAUGGAAAGAACUUACUAACCAAAUAGCAUUUAUUUGCAAGAUUGGUUCCUGUAAAAGUGUAUAUUUAUAUUCAUAUCUUCUAAGUAUAUAUGUACAUACAUAUGUCGAUAUAUUUAAAAACAGCUUGAAAUAAAAAUACAGUGGCCAGAAGUAUUGAUACUAGUCCACAAGUCUUUGACUCUGUGAUCUCCCAAGCAUGCCACAAGAUGAAAACAGCAAAAAUCCACUGCCUCCACUGGAACCUUAGGAUCUAACUAUAUCUUUACAGGACUGUGAGUUUUUAAUUUAAACUAAAUUUUGGAACCAAAUACUGGAAUUUAAGCUUUUAAAAUAAUGUUACUAAGACUGUCACAGAAUUGAAUUUGUGGUAGAUUAUUACUGACUAUAAAUGUGUUGACUAUGAAGUAAAAUGUUUCAUUGGUAAAAUUAAAAUGUUUAUUAACUACCCUGAAGUUAAUUAUGAGACUAAGUUAAAACACAUUUUACUUUAAAAUGAGCUGUUUUCCUUAUCUCUAAAGCAUAUUAACUGAAAACGAGUUAUGCUGUCAGAAGCUCAAGUGUUGAUUGAAUUCUAUUCAUUGAAUAUGAAUAGAAGAGAAUGUGAUACUUAACUGGGGUGAUUUCAUGGUGUCUCUCCAGGCUCUUUUUGGGUCAACUGCUUCUAGGCCAUGAGUCUGUUUUGAGAAUUCUCUCCAUCUCCUAAAUAAAAUUAUUUCAGACAUGGGUGGUAUUUCUCAUAUCUAAAAAUGAAACUGGUACUUCCCAUGUUUCAGCAGAUGAUGCCAUUCCACUGCUUUCCACCAAAAGGGAUGUUAGAAUGACACUAGAAAAACCCCUUAGAGAUCAUGACUACAUUUCUUCUGAAUAAUUAUAGAUUGUGGUAUUACUAGUCCUUGAUGCCUCUGGAUUUAUUUUAUUAACUAACAAAAUCAUAAAUAUGGUAAUACUUGUAUUUUAAGAAAUCAUAUAGUAUGUUCUGUGAUAUUCUCUUAAAUUUUUCAGUAAUAUAUUUUAAUUUGCUGCCUCACUUGGCACUGAUACUUUACUCAGAAUAUUGGUUUCCAACUUAAUUUAACUAAGAUUGCUGCUGAUAUAUUGAGUUUCUUCUUUACAAAAUAUCUCCUACUAUCUUUGCUUCUAUUUUAGGCAAACAGACAUAACUAGUGAACGUACUGAUGAAAAUGCAUCUAUGUCAGAGCUGACUUUAAGUUUAGAUUUUUUACUUUAUAAACUGUGAAUAUGAGUAUGCCAGCAGCAUACGUUGUAACUAAUAGUGUUUAAAUAAAUUUCAUUUUCUCUUCAGGUCUUUUUGAAAUAUAUAUAAACUUAUUUUAAAAUAUAGU